AACUAUGUUCUUGUCAAGUUUUGUGCGGUUUAAUUUAAGAAAUAUAUCUGUCGAAACGUGUCGGAAAACAAGAUACAAGAAUGCUGUAACUGUGUUUAAAUUAACCAGGAAUAAAUGUUACCAUCGGAGUGUAGCUGACUUUUACGCGGGAAAAUCUGUAUUCAUCACAGGUGGUACUGGAUUUCUUGGAAAAGCAUUUGUAGAGAAAUUAUUGUACAGUACAGAUAUAGAGAAAAUUUAUAUGCUUAUUCGAGAAACGCAACAUUUAAGAGCACAAGUGAGGCUAAAUACCAUACUUGAAAAUCCGAUAUUUUCAAGGCUAAAGGAAGAAAAACCGAAAGCUUUAGAUAAAAUCGUAGUUAUUCCAGGUGAUAUUGAAAAACAUAAUUUAGGUAUAUCAUUGGCUAAUGAAGACGUACUAAUUAACAAUGUUUCAGUAGUAAUUCAUUCGGCUGCUACGACAAAUUUUAAUGAACCACUAUUGAAGGCUUUAGAAAUCAAUUAUGAAGGUACUAGAAAAGUUUUAAAUCUAUGCAAAAAGAUUAAAAAUAUUCAGGCUUACGUGCAUAUUUCGACAGCAUAUUCCAACACCGAUAAAAAAGUUGUAGAAGAACAUGUAUACCCGGCGCCGGCAGAUGUCAGCUACGUUUACAAUGAGUUAAAGCGUCUUGGAAACGACAAAAAUAAAAUUUCAACUCUACUCAUUGAACUGUAUAGUUUAUGUUUUGCUCACGGCCAGUUUUAUCAGAACAUUUCGAGCAAACUGGCUGUGUACAACUGUGGAACCAGUUCGAUAAAUCCCAUCCAUUUGGACGAAAUAUUUAAAUUUUUCAACAAAGCGAAUAUCAAGUUUACUUCAAAUGACUCGAGAUUUCCUAAAUGUUUUGUUGUAGAAUCAAAAUUAACACGUGAUAUUGUAACAUUUAUAACACAAUUACUGCCUGCGUAUAUUUAUGAUAUUUUGCUUACAUUAAAAGGAGAUCGACCAAGAUACGUGAAACUGCAGAAGAAAUUCAUAUGGACCCGAAACAAAUACGAAUACUUUAAUAGAAACUCUUGGAUAUUCAAAACUGACAAACUUCUAAACAUUUACAAGAAUAUAUCAGAAAAAGAUAGAUUGGAUUUUCCCUUUGAUAUGUAUAACAUCAAUUGGUCCGAGUAUAUGACUACAUACGCUAAAGCUGUACAACAGUUUUUAAAACAAAAGAAUGCCUUAAAAAUGAAUGCCAACAACAUAACUCACAGCCGUGACUUACAGGGGUAAGCAGAGACAAUGGACUUCGAUUAACAAGCACCACCUCUUCCACAUUUAACACAAGUUUCAAGUACUCUUUAUCCUUUCUUGAAUAUUUUUCAAAUCUAGAUAGUACGCGUUUGUUAAAACCGACGCCUAUCAACACUACAAUGCAAUUUUGUUUCUUUACCCGUCAUUAAAAACAACUAUGUAAGAGAUGGUCAAGAAAUUGUUAAA